AAAUUCCGUCACCAACCAUCUAAUCUGUCUCUCUCACUUUCAAACACAAACUCACUCUCUUCUCAUACAAACAAACAAACCUCUGUUUAUCAUCCAUUUUUAAGGAAAUAAUGUCCGAUUCACUCUCUUUAUCUCUCCCACCUCCACACCACCAACCCAAUCACAUGGUCCCACCUAUCCCACCUGCAGAUCCACCUUCACCCCUCAUUUACCCACCACCGCCACCUCCACCGCCACCGUCACAACCACCGCCACCUAAGCCGUCACCAUUUUUCAAGAAACCCACACUUAGAGUGACCUCAGAGUUCGACAGUGACAGCUCCCUCUUCCUACAGAAAGUGUCGUGCAAGGUGUUCGACAGUUUGGCUAAACUAAAAUUAUCAUUUCAAAACAAUAAUAAAGGAGAAAUUACUGAACCUAACCUUACUUUCAGCUCUAAAUUUCUGUCUAUACAAUAUGAUUUUGAGGAGCAAAACGCCCUUUUCAAAGCUCAGUUUGAUGCUACUCCCACUUUGCAUUUCAGGGGUGCCCAUGAUCUAAAGGCACAACAAGGAGAGGUAGCAAUGGUCGCAAAUCUUCCUCAUCCGGGCUAUGGACUUGAAUUGUCGUCUCCUGUUCCAACAAUUGGUUUGCCAAUUGCUACUUUAAAAUUCCCGCUCGGUGAAGUUUCACUUGAGGAGAGAGAAGAAGAGGAAGCGAAGAGAACAUUGUCAGUGAGUGGAGUUGUGAGAGGGCAGAUAUUGAAUGGGCUCUGCACUGCUCAGUUCACUAAUGAAGAUUUGAAACUCCGAUACUUGUAUAAGGAUGAAGCACUUUCGUUCAUCCCUAGUAUUUCUCUGCCUUCAAAUGCCGCGUCUUUUGCAUUCAAGCGCCAAUUCAGCCCUAGUAAUAAGUUGAGCUACUGGUACAAUUUUGAUUCCAACAAUUGGAGUGCAGUAUACAAGCAGACGUAUGGCAAAGAUUACAAAUUUAAAGCUGGUUAUGAUUCCGAGGUGCGAAUGGGUUGGGCAUCACUCUGGGUUGGGGAUGAAGCUGGAAAAGCAAAGACUGCUCCGAUGAAGAUGAAAAUCCAAUUUAUGCUUCAAGUGCCGCAAGAUGACAUCAAAUCCUCAGCGUUGAUGUUCCGUGUUAAAAAGAGAUGGGAUAUACUGUGACCUGCUCUUUGUUUCUCCAAUGUUCAUAUCAUGUAAUGAUGCAGACUGAUGAAACAGACAAUGACAUCAAGUUUCAUUUUUGUUUAAAAUCAUCAAUACAUAAUCAAAUCACUUUGGAAAAAUAUAA